UUUGUCAUAUUUUCCAUCAUAAUGUACUCAUCAUUUACAAAAGGAUUGCAACAGGGGCGUCCCCGCCAGAGAAUAAUGCUAUAUGGGGGUCCUUGGCAUGGCAAAGUUUGGGAACCCCUGUACUAAGUGACUUUACACCACUGCUCUGGAUGAAUGAGUGUGUUAGGGGUGAAUGCUGGCUUGUGUUCAAACUUGGAGAGGUCGCUCAGAUCAGAAAUAUGCUAUAAAUAUUAAAUAUUAAAGAGGGCUGUGGAACUCUAUGAUGGUUGAGCUAGCGGGUCAUACUGUAUUCCGGGGCUUCUUCCCCACUCUAACGGUUUCAUUCAACCAGGGGACCUAUGACUCGUGUCUCCUCCUCUGUCUCCUCCUUAAAGGCAAUUGUGUCAAAAUAAAUUCCAAAAAUACAUAGCUUUUUUCUGAAAGGAUCUUAAUGCAUAUAUAUUCUAGAGCAGUCAAGCAAAAAAAAAAUCCAACUAAUGACAUGCUUUUUGAAUAAGAAAUCUAGGGACAUUAGAGAUGAAUAAACUGUUUGAUUUAAUAAUAUCUUUUAAUUGGAGGGGCCUUUCAUAGCACCCAAGGAUAGCUCCAAUAAACACUUAACAAGUUAACACAGCAAAAUAUAUAAUAACAGGGAGGACAGAAAAAGAGACAUACUUUAAAAGCAGUUAUGUAUGGGGGACAGGAAGUAGCAUUGAUGAACAAACCGGACGACUGUGAUUAGGCUGAUCUGAACAGCUGUGUUUAGGAGGUAACCCUAACGUGUUGAACAAGAUGUGCUGGAUUCAGACAGGGAUGGAGUCUGGAGAUGUGCUGUCCAGGGUGACACCGAGGCUCUUGACCGUGUCCUAUUUUCCUACUUUGUUGGUUAAUUUGUCUCUCACUGUUUCCUCAUGUUCCAUACCCCUCUGUUCCCUCAGGAGGAGCACACGCUGUGCUCUCUGUCAGGCAGUGCCAUGACUCCAGAGAGCCAGUUGGAGGAGUCCACCUCCCCUGCAGACACCACGGAGGACGACCCACUGCCCAUGAGGCCUUGGGGAAGGAGCCAAUCACUGCCUGCCUAUGCUGACCUCAUCAUGAGGGCCAGUGGCUCGUCUUUCUGCAAUAAUCUGGCAGACACCAGAGAAGAAGCAGACGACAGUGGGACCAGCUCCCCAAAGAUGGACAGGUCCGACAUAGAGGACGAGCCAGAGGGCGGGGUGUUCAACCCUGAAGGGGAGAAAGAGAGAGAGAAGGAGGAGGCCACUGUUAGUCCUGACGCUGUCAACCAGCUGGACUUCUACCAAGCAGACCCCUUCGCCCACUGCCAGAGUGAGCAUGACCUCUUCAAUGAAGACCUGUUCCAUAAAACUGACUCGUCUGGCUUUCUAUCUGCUGCUGACACAACUCUUACUGGUGGAUUUGCUUCAGACCCUUUCAAAGGCAGCGACCCCUUCGCAGCAGAUGUUCUGUUUCCAGAGGCGCAGGUUGAUGAUGGGGCGGGAAAUAUUGGGAAUGAAGCCGACACUAGUCUGUCCUGCGCUGAAACCAAAGCCUCAACAGGAACUCAGUGCUUCGAGUCUGAGUUCCCCAACGAAGACAGCGACAUCGAGAUUAGCUACAGUCAAGAGGACCUGGACGCCAUCGCCCAGGGAGACGAUCCUCUGGGGUUCAAACCCAUCCAGAGCUCCUCUGAGGAGCUGGGGCCGGUGCCGAUCCAGGGCUGGAGGUCCCAGGGGCAGUACUCCAUAGAAUCAGACCCCAAUGGGUAUGAGCUGGACCUGGGCGCUGUCUCCCCCCCCUCUGACAUAGAAGAACUGAGUCUGGUAUAUCCACCUGAAAAGGCUGCCACCAAGACCACAGCAGGACUGGAACAAGGUCUGAGUCCUGGUUCAGCUCCGGCUGUUCCUCAGCUUGCAGAACAACUCACAGCAUGUGUUGGCGACAUGGAAAAGGAACCCCAAAAACGUGCUACUCCCCAAAACUCCCAUGACUCCGAUAACCUUUUCAAUCUGCCAGACUCUUAUCAGAACAGAGAGCUCAGCUUCGAUUUAAACUACAAACCGACCAGUCAGUCUUUCUUCGACCCAUACGGCUUCAAACUCAGUCCAGAGCAUUCCAGUCACACCCUCCUGGACCCUGAUGAGGCUGAACUCAGCCCAGAACCAACUGAAAACGACCUGAUCUUUGACCCUGAGCCCUCCUCUAGUCAACCAGACCAACUGACCAUGGAUCAGUAUGAGUUUGACAUCACUUCCUCCCAAAUGCUGCGGGACUCUGACCCUUAUGGCUUCAAGCUCAGCCCUGAGGAAGAGAACCAAGAGGUCCUGGACCUCUCUGGCCAUGCUACCCAGGAGGCAAUGGACCUUUGCAACUAUGACGACACAGAACAGGUAGAACCCUCUAACUAUAGCAACCAGGAAGUACUUGAACCUGAAAACCAAGAAGUGCUUGAACAUUGUCGCCACAAUGACCAGGAGCUGCUGGAUUUGUGUAACAAUGGAAACCUUGAAGUGCUGGAAGCUUCUGGGCUGGACAACACCGGGUUGGUUAGCAAUGAAAACCAGCAACUCCUAGAUAUCUGUAGUGAUGACAACCAGGAGGUGGUGGAUCCCUAUUGCAAUACCACGGAGGAAGAACUACUUGAGCCUUGUAACUAUGAUAACCAACAAGUGCUGGAACCUUGUAGCCAUGGCAAUCAGGAACUGCUGGAUUUCUCCCUUCCUGAAAAUAAGGAAGUGCUGGAUUUAGAUAGCCACGGCAACCAAGACUUAGUGGAUUUUGGUAGCAAAGAAAAUCAUGAAGUUGUAGUUUCAGGUAGCCACUCUAACCAGGAACUCCUGGAUCUCGGUAGCAACGAAAAUCAGGAACUGCUAGAUUUAGGUAGCCAUGACAACCAGGAGGUGCUGGACUUGUUUGGUAAGGAAGUUCUCCCUGAAGCAAACAACAACCAAUACUUUGUGGAACCAGAGCAUUAUGUCUGUCCUACCAAUAACAGCUCAGACAGCGAUGUGGCCUCAGAGGACCUGCCUGGACUGGACCUCAGCAACACCAGUAUCUGCUCCACCAACGGAACAUACACUGCCGACCCCUUCAACACCUCUGCCCCCCACAACUUUGCUACAUUCAACACCCCCAGCGGCCCCAACCUGCUGGAAGGUGACCUCGGUUCAGUGUUUGGAGCUGGAGGAUACAUUGGGUGUCCUGAUGUAGCAGACGACCUGGCCCCCCUGGAGAGAAGGCAGGCCAACCCUGUAGCAGAGCCGAUACGGCCCUUCAGACCAGUGAGGCCUCCUCGGCCCUCGCUACGGCCACCAGCCACCAGCCCGCCUCCAGACAACAGCCCAUCUCCAGCCACCAGCCCAACAGCAAGCAGCCUCAAGUGUACAGAGGGAAAUGCUAAGGUCAUUUCCAGCAUUCUACCAGGGGAGGAAGAAUCGAGGAAAGAGGCCUUUUCCGAGCGGCAGUCUAAUAAUUCCCGCUGUCAAACAGCUUGAGUUCAAUUUUUGUCUGAUGCCCGAGAGUACUAAUAAAACUCCGAAAAAUGAGAUAAGGCUUCUGCAGGCAGGACUUGG